CAGGGAAACGCGUGUCCUAAACCACUCAGCUCCCGUCCAACCUCUUGUCUUUAUUAUCUGCUGCGAGGUGCCUCCAAAUGCGGCAUGUACAGGCUUUAUGACUACAACGGAAACAGUUACCCAGCGUACUGUGAUCUGACAUCUGAGCCUGGUACCGCUUGGACACUGGUGAUGUCAUGGAGUGUUGCUAAUAGCAAGCUUUCCCAGUUUCGUACUCUUCCUUUCAAGUACAACGCACCACUAAACGAGAACUUCCUGAACUGGAAUAUAUACCGCUUGAAUUUGGCCCGAAUGAAAACCCUAAGGACUCACUCUACCCACUGGCGAGUAACAUGCAGCUACCCGACCCUUGGCGUCGAUUUCAGAGACUACCUCCGCGGCAAUUUCAAAGACUUCAACAUCUUUGAUUUUGUGGGUGUUGGCACGUGCAAGAAGGUUGACUACAUCAACAUCCGGGGAUAUAGAGGAUUCCAUCUCACGGCACCGUUCUGGCAGAAGGACAAUACAUGGAAUUUUCACAUUGACAGUAGCCUGAGCACCAGCUGUGACUUUAAGGCCGCGAAGACUGGUGCGGUUUUCAGUGAGGACAACUUUGGCUACUAUGGGUUCAUCAACUCCAAGUUCCGAUGCACACAGGGUACCCACUCGACCACCCAGUGGUGGUUUGGAGCUCAUCUCUAA